CUCUACCCUCCUCUCUCUCUCUCCUGUCCGUAGAGCAGACAGCAGACUAGAAACAUGGAGAACCCUGAGGUGAAGUUGGAUCCGGAGACGGAGUUCCUUUACUCGAAGCAAGGUACCACUGGUAACGAAUGGGAACUUUUCAAGGAGAAUGUCAAGCCCCUGAAGAGAGGCCGAAAUGUUCGCCUUCUCAACGACGCCCUCAAAUCUCACACCGACAAUCAGCUCAAGAAGUCCCUCUUUGACACUCGAAGGAGGUUGAUCGAAGCGAUUGACGAGUACAAAGGGGAUGAUCCUCUUCAGCCAUGGCUUGAGUGCAUUAAAUGGGUUCAAGAUGCCUUCCCUCCUGGAGGAGACUGCUCAGGGUUGGUGGUUAUUUAUGAAAAAUGUGUGCGUAUGUUUUGGCAUGAUGACCGCUACAAGGAUGAUCUCCGUUACCUUAAAGUGUGGUUGGAAUAUGCUGAAAAUUGUGCUGAUGCUGAAGUAAUAUAUAGCUUUCUAGAAGCAAACAAAAUUGGGCAAACACAUUCCAUUUUCUUCAUAUCAUAUGCUCUGCACAUGGAAUCCAAGAACAAGAUUAAAACAGCAAACGAAAUUUUUAAUCGAGGGAUGUCUUGGGAUGCUCAACCAAGCGAAAAAUUGAAGGAUUCUUAUAAGAAAUUUAUUGCACGUUCAAUGGGAAGACCAAAAGCUACAGAAGAAGAUUUAAUAGAGAACAACUUUCCAGCCCGAAGUUUUGGAAGCGUAUUGACUAGGGGAGAAAAUCGACCCCAAAAUACAGAAAGUUCUGAACUUCCUUCGAAAAAAUUGAAGCAGCAUAGGGCUCAAGGUACUCCACUUACCAUUUAUAAAGAUACCACUACUGCUGGAAGCUUGGUUCAUCAACCAAAGUUGUCCCUGACUGACUCAAAAUCAUGGCAUAGUCUUGGAGCUCGAGCAGAGAGAAACAAAGAGAAUAAUGCAAUACCUGGCAAGUGGACAUCAAAUAAGAUUCCACGUAGAGCUGGAUCUAGAACUCGACAAACAACUGCCAGUGACUGCAUUGAGGUCUUUGUUGAUGAGGAAUGUGCAGAAAAUUUUAAAACGGACAGUGAGGUUGGAAAAUCUACUAGUUUGCACAGUCAAGACCUCAAAAAGGAAACAGAGCUGUUGAGGGAAAACCCGUUGCGCAACUUUCCAUCAAAAUGUCUUCCCAGAUAAUCGAAGCACAAAGGCUUCUUCACGCUUGUACUUUGUUGUGCUGUUACUUGAAUAAAUUCAUGGGUGAGCUUUUGUCUUUUAGAGCUUGAUCCUUUGAUACUGUUCCUUUCUAUUGCCAUUGUCAUUCCAGAUCUCUUUAUGUAAUUUCUAGAACCACAGUUUGUCACUCUCUAUUGUUAUUGACAUUCCAGGUAUCUCAAUGAAAAUUGCAGAAGCACACUCUUUGUGCUUUUGCCUGAUAAAUUACUGUUCU